AUGUCGCGGAGGAAGCAAGCGAAGCCUCAACAUUUCCAAUCCGACCCCGAAGUGGCCUCGCUCCCCCGGCGAGAUGGAGACACAGAGAAGGGUCAACCCAGCCGCACCACUAAGAGCAAGGAUGCCCACGUCUGUGGCCGGUGCUGCGCCGAGUUCUUCGAAUUGUCAGAUCUUCUGCUCCACAAGAAGAACUGUACUAAAAACCAAUUAGUUCUAAUCAUAAAUGAAAGUCCAGCCUCCCCACCUGAAACCUUCUCAAGCCCCAGCCCCACUCCCGAUCAUCCCCAGGAACAAAUGAAUGACACAGCUAACAAAACAGAGCAAGGAGAGUGCAGCGACCUGGCUGAAGCCCAGGCACCGGACAGGGAAGAGUCCAUGGAGGUGGAGGCCCCAGCAGCUCCCAAAGGCGCCAGUGGGCCUCUGAGCAGUGGUGGCGACAGCAGCGUCCCCCCUAGCUGCAGCAGCAGCAGCUCCGGCGCAGGUACCUCAGCGAUCACAACCUCUCUACCUCAACUCGGGGACCUGACAACACUGGGCAACUUCUCCGUGAUCAACAGCAAUGUCAUCAUCGAGAACCUCCAGAGCACCAAGGUGGCAGUGGCCCAGUUCUCCCAAGAAGCGAGAUGCAAUGGGGCCUCCGGGGGCAAGCUGGCCGUCCCGGCCCUGAUGGAGCAGCUCUUAGCUCUGCAGCAGCAACAGAUCCACCAGCUGCAACUGAUCGAACAGAUUCGUCACCAAAUAUUGCUGUUGGCUUCUCAGAAUGCAGACCUGCCAACCUCUUCCAGUCCUUCUCCAGGUACUUUACGAACAUCUGCCAACCCCUUGUCCACCCUCAGCUCCCAUUUAUCUCAGCAGCUGGCGGCGGCAGCUGGGUUAGCACAGAGCCUCGCGAGCCAGUCUGCCAGCAUCAGCGGUGUGAAACAGCUCCCCCCCAUCCAGCUACCUCAGAGCAGUUCCGGCAACACCAUCGCCCCCCCACACAGCGGCUCUUCCCCCAGCGUUCACAUAUUGGCGGCAGCAGUUCCCACCCCAUCCUCGGAAAAAGUGGCUUCGAGCGUGGGCGCCUCCCACACCAGCAACCCCGCGGCCUCUGCCUCAUCCUCACCAGCUUUUGCAAUAAGCAGUCUGUUGAGUCCUGCAUCUAAUCCACUUCUACCUCAGCCGGCCCCCGCUAACUCGGUUUUCCCCAGCCCUUUGCCCAACAUUGGAACGACAGCAGAGGAUUUAAACCCCUUGUCCGCCUUGGCCCAGCAAAGAAAAAGCAAGCCACCAAAUGUCACCGCCUUCGAGGCCAAGAGUGCUUCGGAUGAGGCGUUCUUCAAACACAAGUGCAGGUUCUGUGCAAAGGUCUUCGGAAGCGACAGUGCCUUGCAGAUCCAUCUUCGUUCCCACACCGGAGAGAGGCCGUUCAAGUGCAACAUCUGCGGGAACAGGUUCUCCACCAAGGGGAACCUCAAAGUCCACUUUCAGCGCCACAAAGAGAAGUACCCUCAUAUCCAGAUGAACCCCUACCCCGUGCCUGAGCAUUUGGACAACAUACCCACCAGUACCGGCAUCCCCUACGGCAUGUCUAUCCCUCCAGAAAAGCCGGUCACCAGCUGGCUAGACACCAAACCCGUCCUGCCCACCCUGACCACUUCUGUCGGCCUGCCAUUGCCCCCCACCCUCCCGAACCUCACCCCCUUCAUCAAGACUGAAGAGCCAGCCCCCAUCCCCAUCAGCCAUUCUGCUGCCAGCCCCCCGGGCUCCGUCACAAGCGACUCAGGGGCCCCCGAGCCGGCGGCGAGAAACCCGGGUGGGCUCCCGGAGGAAGCGGAAGGCCCCACUGCGCCCCCUCCCGGCGGCAAAAGCGAAGAGAGUGGUGUGGUCCCCAGCUCGGCCUCAGCCCCGAACGCCUGCGUGCUGAGCUCCCUGGCAUCUGACGGCGGUCCUGGCAGUGCUUCGACUUUCACCAACCCUCUGUUGCCGCUCAUGUCCGAGCAGUUCAAGGCGAAGUUUCCCUUUGGGGGACUCUUGGACUCAGCCCAGGCCUCAGAAACAUCCAAGCUUCAGCAACUGGUGGAAAACAUUGACAAGAAGGCCACUGACCCCAAUGAGUGCGUCAUCUGCCACCGGGUCCUCAGCUGUCAGAGCGCCUUGAAGAUGCACUACCGCACCCACACCGGGGAGAGGCCCUUCAAAUGUAAGAUCUGCGGCCGGGCUUUCACCACGAAAGGGAACCUGAAGACCCACUACAGCGUCCAUCGAGCUAUGCCCCCGCUCAGAGUCCAGCAUUCCUGCCCCAUCUGCCAGAAGAAGUUCACCAACGCCGUGGUCCUACAGCAGCACAUCCGAAUGCACAUGGGGGGCCAGAUCCCCAACACCCCGGUCCCUGACAGCUACCCCGAGUCCAUGGAGUCCGACACGGGCUCCUUUGAUGAGAAAAAUUUUGAUGACCUAGACACCUUCUCCGAUGAAAACAUGGAAGACUGUCCCGAGGGCAGCAUCCCGGACACGCCCAAGUCUGCAGACGCGUCCCAAGACAGCCUGUCUUCCUCGCCUUUGCCUCUAGAGAUGUCAAGCAUCGCCGCUUUGGAAAAUCAGAUGAAGAUGAUCAAUGCUGGCCUGGCAGAGCAGCUGCAGGCCAGCCUGAAGUCGGUGGAGAACGGGUCAGUCGAGGGGGACGUCCUGACCAACGAUUCAUCCUCGGUGGGUGGCGACAUGGAGAGCCAAAGUGCAGGCAGCCCGGCCAUCUCAGAGUCUACCUCCUCCAUGCAGGCUCUGUCCCCAUCCAACAGCACCCAGGAAUUCCACAAGUCGCCCAGCGCCGAGGAGAAGCUGCAGAGAGCAGGGGCAAGUGAGUUUGCCAAUGGUUUGUCUCCCGCCCCAGUGAAUGGUGGGGCUCUGGAUUUGACAUCUAGUCACACAGAGAAAAUCAUCAAAGAAGAUUCUUUGGGAAUCCUCUUCCCUUUCAGAGACCGGGGUAAAUUUAAAAACACCGCUUGUGACAUUUGUGGCAAAACCUUUGCUUGUCAGAGUGCCUUGGACAUUCACUACAGAAGUCAUACCAAAGAGAGACCAUUUAUUUGCACAGUCUGCAAUCGUGGCUUUUCCACCAAGGGUAAUUUGAAGCAACACAUGUUGACACAUCAGAUGCGGGAUCUACCAUCACAGCUCUUUGAGCCCAGUUCCAACCUUGGCCCCAAUCAGAACUCGGCGGUGAUUCCCGCCAACUCGUUGGCAUCUCUCAUCAAGACAGAGGUCAACGGCUUCGUGCAUGUGACUCCUCAGGACAGUAAGGACACGCCCACCAGUCACAUCCCUUCUGGGCCUCUGUCAUCCUCUGCCACGUCCCCAGUUCUGCUCCCAGCUCUGCCCAGGAGAACCCCCAAACAGCACUACUGCAACACGUGUGGUAAGACCUUCUCCUCAUCGAGUGCCCUGCAGAUUCAUGAGAGAACUCACACUGGAGAGAAACCCUUUGCUUGCACUAUUUGUGGAAGAGCUUUCACAACAAAAGGCAAUCUUAAGGUACACAUGGGCACUCACAUGUGGAAUAGCACCCCCGCCCGCCGGGGUCGCCGGCUCUCUGUGGAUGGCCCUAUGACAUUUCUAGGAGGCAAUCCCGUCAAGUUCCCAGAAAUGUUCCAGAAGGAUUUGGCGGCCAGGUCAGGAAGCGGGGAUCCUUCCAGUUUCUGGAAUCAGUACGCAGCCGCGCUUUCCAACGGGCUGGCGAUGAAGGCCAACGAGAUCUCCGUCAUUCAGAAUGGGGGCAUCCCUCCAAUUCCUGGAAGCCUGAGCAGUGGAAGCAGCUCACCUAUUAGUGGGCUGACAGGAAACCUGGAGCAGCUCCAGAACUCAGAGCCCAGCGCGCCCCUGGCCGGCCUGGAGAAGAUGGCAAGCAGCGAGAAUGGAACCAACUUCCGUUUCACCCGCUUCAUGGAAGACAGCAAAGAGAUCGUCACAAGUUAA